AUAAGCAGUGUAAGCAAAAGGAUGCGUUUAAUUGUCUUUUCGUACGCAGAAGAAAGUGGGAGGAGAGCUUGCCCUUACUAAGUAUGGCGCUGUGUGGCUUCACUGCCUGUAUCAGGUUUCAGUUGUGUUCUCCGUAUGGGAGUGAAGCCUCCUUGCCAGCAGUAUCUUUAACCUAUGAACUCCUGAGUGUGCCAGUCCUCCGCCAUAUUGACUGUUGUCUUGACUGGAGGAGAUAGAGAACAUUUUGAGGUCCGAGAAGAAACGAAAGUGUGCUCUCCAAAUCACCGAAACUGGUGCAAACUUGGCGAAAGCGUAUUAUAAACACCGUCGUGAUGGCAAGGAAGAAAAGCAAGCAGCAAGGAGUCGCCCAGAAGGAGCUUGCGCCUGGACAGCAGACCGUACCGAAGAGCCCAGUCUCUCCCGGCGAUGCAGCUGACGGUGGCGGCGGAGAUGCUGGGCUGGAUAGGCUGGCCACUACCAGGGCGAACCAGCCUAUGCACACCUGCUGCCUUCUGUGCCACCGAGAAUUUAAAGACUGGGGAGCGGGCUCCGUGAACGGACUCCCCGGGGGCCAUGGGACCAAGCUGGCUGACGCUGUGCCUGCACUCUCCCAGGCCUUAUUGCGGGAGGCACCAGGGCGCAAGCUUGCUGAUGCGGUGCCCUCGCUGUCUCAGUCCCUGCUGGGAGAGGUGCCUCUGUGGAUAUGUCAGAGCUGCUGCAAGAGUGUGGAAGAGGAGGAGAGGCGGAGCACCCAGGAGCAACCAACGCCGGUACCAUUGUCACACUCUUCCUCCUGUAAGUCGCAGAGCUGUGGAAACGGUUACCCGGAGCAAAGUACUGUGGAUUGGGACCCGAGUUCCUUCCUGUCAGCCCACAAACUGUCAGGUCUCUGGAACUCUGCCCACACCAAUGGAGGGGAACACUGCAACCACAACACUUCUUCACACACACAACAAGGUAUAACAGCAGGAUCAGUCUGUCAUGAGAAAAGAGGACUUCAUGAAGCGCCUGGAAAAUCUGCUAAAACGUCGGGGACCAAAGUCUGUCCCUACAGUCACCCGUCAUCCCAGAAUUCCAGUGGAUCCUCUGCUGGGAACCCCCUGUCUACCUCAGCAGACCUCUGUAAGACCACUCCCAAGCACUUCAAGACCAUGUGCCGUCGACCAACGCCACCAGGUGAAGCCUUCCACCCCAGUGACCACCAUCAACACACAGAUUUGUCGGUACCCCCCAACAGUCCCACCGGUCUGUCUUCCCAGCAUUCCUCCCUCUUGCCCCCAAAGCCAAACUCUGGGCAGCAUGGUCACGUAACCUCCUCGUCUGGCACUGGUGUGGCAGCCCACGCUCCCUUCUCCCCGCUGGUACCAAACCUCCACGGCCCCACAGCCAAACUCAAUUCUCCCAGUCCAGACAGCCCAACAUCUGUCCACAAGCCCAGCCCGUGCAAAAACUCCCACAUUCCUGCUGUGAACACACAACACAGCAAACUGGGCACGUCUAUCAUGGGCUGUAACCACCCUUGUAAUGGACACAGUGCGGGAACAGUGGCUACUUCAAAUGUGAGCCAUCUGACAGCUGGGGCCUGCAGGGAUCAAGCAUGUAAGGGGCACAAAAUGACUAAUGGGACGUUGUGCCAUCCCUCAUCUGAGCUGGAGGAGGGGGAGGAUGAAGACAGCAGCUCUGAGAGGAGCUCCUGUGCCUCCUCUUCCACCAACCAGAAGGAUGGGAAGUACUGCGACUGCUGCUACUGCGAGUUCUUCGGACACAAUGCGCCUCCAGCUGCACCAACCAGCCGCAACUACGCAGAGAUCAGAGAGAAGCUCCGCUCACGUCUGACCCGACGUAAAGAGGAGCUGCCUCAGCGUCAAGAUUCAGAACUGACAGUGGCUGGUGCCAUUGACAACCGGGACGUAGAUGAGCUGCUAGACUUCAUAAACAGUUCGGAGCCCAAACCUGUCAACAGUGCCAAGGCUGCCAAAAGGGCUCGACACAAACAAAAGAAGAAGGAAAAAGCUCAGCAGGGCAUGGGUGCUGCAGGCAGUGACCCCCACUCCAAUCCAUCUGAGCCUGUCGAUGACGAGCCCAUCCCUGACGGUUCAGAAGCCAGUCGGUUGCUUGAUUGGCCUCAGCUGGAGCUGGAGCGCGUCAACAGUUUCCUCACCAGUCGACUUGAAGAGAUUAAAAACACCAUCAAAGACUCAAUCCGGGCCUCAUUUAGCAUGUACGACCUCAAUCUGGAUGUUAAUGACUUCCCAAAGAAGGCAGCGACGUUGGAGGGCAACCACUUACUGUCCCAUCUCAAUGGUUCCUCUGACCUGCAGCAGAUAGACCUUGACCUUGCCCCCCUCUCACUGGGAACCUUUAAGAGCUUUAAUGGAUGGGAGGACACAACCACGCUCUCAUCCCCUAAUACCACGACCACGGCAUCAGGGGUCACUGCAGGGUCCAAGGACAUCCAGCGGUUGCACACUACUCCCAGUCUCUCAAAGCUCAUAAGGGUUCGGUCCCCGGAAAGAUGCACUUCCACUGGAUGUGACAGUUUGCCACAGGUGCCAGCCCAAACCACAGCGAAAUCGAAUGAGGACGCCUCUGAUCCCAAGAACACAACAGUAGGGAACAGUGGUGCAAAGUCAAAGAAGAAUAAAAAGCAGCAGCAGCAGAGACAGGAGCAAUCUGUGUCAGAGCAAAACUCCAACAAACCAACCAAAGCUGCCUCUGGGAGUGAAACACAGAAAAGCAAUGAGUGUAAAGAAACGGCGUCUAAUGGCUCAAAAGCGGGGAACAAACAGCCCCAGCACCCGGCAGACAACCAGAGAAAUGGGCCUAAGAAAGCUGAGGAGGGCAGAUCGUCUAAACAUGCUGCAAACGGAGCAAACGGCGGCCUCUCAAAUGCACAAAGAGGGAAAGGUGACACAGAAAUGCGAGGCGGUCGGUCUGAGCAGGAAUUAGAAAGCAAAGCUCACCCCACCAUUCCAGCUAAUGGGCAGCAACAGCAACAAGCCAAGGGGAAGAAUAAGAAGAACAAGAACAAGGGUGAAAAACCCAGCAGUGCUAUCGAUGAUGUAUUUCUCCCAAAAGAUGUGGAUCCAACAGAAAUGGAUGAGAUUGAUCGGGAAGUGGAAUACUUCAAAAGGUUUUGCCUUGAUUCUGCGAAACAGACUCGCCAGAAGGUAGCAGUGAAUUGGUCCAACUUCAGCCUCAAAAAGGUUCCUUCCAAUGCAGCUCAAUAACUUGGAUGAGUGCCAGAAAAAGAAAAAAAAAACUUCACACCACCACAAACUCUUUCAGUAGAGCCCCAUUUGGCCUGAGGCCUUCUCUCAUUCCCUGUUUUCUUCUCUUCCUUAC